CUGCUUCUUCUUCUUUUACCGCCCGCUUGGGCUGUUCGGUCAGUCGGCCCAUUUUAGUUUGGAAUUAAAAUAAAUUAACUCACACUCAACUGUGGAUGGGGCUUUUAGGCUAUACAUACCGAAAUGCAUUCGAAUGCAUUUAUUGAUUCGAUCUGUGUGUAUCCAAAUGCCAAAUUGCAUAACACACGCCUGCAAGAGGAAACGAGAAGAGGAAGACGAAGAAGAAGGCCGCAGGAAAGGAUUUCCAGUUUGCAGUGAUUUAACUUUAAUUUGUUAAAAAAUUUUAUUUCUGGCCAAAGGAGUUUAUAAUUGCGCUAAUUUGCGCCAGAAGGUAUGCAACCGCAGUCGGACAAACAAAGCGCCAGCAGACUCGCAACAACAACAAGUAGCCACACCACAGCAGCAGCAACAUCAACAUCAGCAGCAGCUCAAGCAGCCACUCCUCCAAAAGUAAAGGUCAUCAAGAGCAAACGUCCAUUGUGCCACUUUAAGUUCUACUUGGACAUCUGCGAUCAUCAGCUUGCCAAACGUAUUGAGACCGAUAUCAAGGCUUUAGGCGGACAUCUUGAGUUCUUUCUGAGCGAUAGCAUCACCCACUUUGUCACCGAUAAGCCGGAAGUCAGUGGUGGGACAGGUAGAACACCCGGCACGCCAGGAACACCCAGCACACCCACCAACCACUACCAACAGGAAGAUGGUUCGGCAAGGAAACCGAAUCAGCGGCAAUCGCGAGCGGAUGCUAUACUAAGUCGUGUACGAAGGAGCACGGUUGGAGUUGUGGCGAACAAUAGCAGCAAUAGCACUCCCACGACAUCUGUGAAAAGAAGCUAUACCAUCUGGCAGACGGAUUACGCACAGCGCUUCAUCAAGCGUAUUCAAACUGAGCUAAAGCAAUACCUAGAGGGUAAGAAGGAAGGUGGCAGAGGCGGAGGAGGAGCCGCCACAGCUAGCCCCCAUCACAUUCAGCUGAAGAAGCAAUAUGUGAAGAUUGAAUCCGUCAAACGUAAUUAUAGACCUUACUACCAUCUUAUUAAGCAGCCAGACGACUGGCCAAAGAUUGAUUUAAGCAGCGAGGACGGCGCCUUCCGAUUGCUGACCAAAUCGAAGACCAAGGAGAAGGAUCAGAGUAUGACCCGCAAGUCUUUGGGAUCACGCACAUCGCAGAAAGAUAAACCACCAGCACCGGCCCAGGAGGAGAAGCAGCUACCCAAGCAUCCGGCAGUGCAGAAACUCAAAAAGCAGUCGAUCAUCCCAAAUAGUCCGCGAUCCAAUUUUCGUGAACCCAAGGAUUCGAGUGAAAAACAAGGUGGAGUGUGCGAAAUCUGCAAGUUGGAAUACGAUAUCCUGAACAUCCACCUGCAGAGUAAGGAUCACGAGCUGUUUGCCAAGAAUUCGGAGAAUUUCCUGGCCCUAGACACACUCAUACUUAGUUCAGCGAAUGUGAAUCAGUUUCUGGCGGAGGAGCCCGAAGAGAGUGAACUGGACAUGGAUGUGGAUGAAACGUUAAGUAAUGAGGAGCAGCAGCAAAGUCCCCGCCAGAGGCCAUCGCCAGCACUGCGUGAGAAAUCCAAGCGGAUAACCAAGGGCAAGCAUUCUUCGGAGAAGUUCCAAGCGGCCUCGCCACAGACGCCCUCUCCAGGGGGCGGCAAGAAGGCUUUAGGAACCCUUCCCGGUAGUUUAUCGGAGCUGCAGCGCCAGGAGCAUCCAACCACGGCAGCCGCAACGCCGACAACAACGAAUUUGGGUCGUAAGAAAUCCACCCAGAAUUCUGGCUUGUCACCGCCCAUUAGAGCCAUGCUGCCACCUUCGUCCCUGUACAAGGUGGUGGAAACCAGGGAGGAAUGUGCCACGCCACCGAGAAGGGGCAGACCUCCUAACCAGGUGGAUUCACCAUCGCUUAUUGUCAAGUUCCAAAAGAUCCGUCAGACCGAGCUGCAGCGACUCAACGGUGAGGCGGAGAACUUUAUGUUCCCCAGGACAGCGGUGUCAGCAACAACGAGGAGCAGCAGUGAACUACCCACGGAUAUAGAUCGUCAAACCACCUCAGAUGUAAGGGGCCGUUACAGCAUCUCCUCUGCUAGCUUGGACACAAGUACGAGCGAAGCUGAAACUAAGGAAUCCUCGGGAUUAUUACCAGCCUCGAAUCUUCGCAAGCGAGCCCAGGCCGUGGGCAGGAGGAGAAAGAUGGCAGGAGCAGCAGCGGGUGAGGAGCUACUCCAACGCCAGUUGUCCACCGGAAGCAGUAGCAGCAAUAGCAACAACCAGCAGCGCUUUCCGAGCGCCCCCAUCCAGCCAGAAGAACAAGAGCCGCGAUCGCAACCACAGUCACAGCCGAAGCUAAAGAUUAAGCUGAAGCAGGCACAAGUGGUGGCGGCCACCAGAAAGAGUAGUCGCACAGCUACGGCCAUUGUGACAGCGGCCACCGCUAGCAGCCGUCAGCAGCUUCAGCUGAGACAGACAACUGGAGGCCGGCGAAUGACCAGUAAUCUGGAGGAUCGGAUGGGGGAAUCAGUAAAGCCUAAGAUCAAAAUAAAGAAGGAAAUCAUACCGCAGGAAGAGAAUGAGGAGGAGUUGCAAGAGCUGGAAAAACUAUUGGAGAAUGAUGAUACCGAGGAGGAAAUGGAGCUGGAUGUGGAGAGCAGCUUGUCCUCGGGCAGUGACGAGGAUUACAUAGCUGGCCAUUUGAGCAAAACAACCAAAGCCGGAAACAGCACUCGGAUAUCUACGGAUACACGAGAGCAAAGAGCAGCUCGACGACUAUCCCGUUUAACCAUUAAUCGUAGUGCCGGAGAAAUUGAGCUAACCGAAACCAAAUCCUCGCCGACGAGUAGAAGCCGCGGCAAGUGCCAGAAACCCUCGAGUCCGACGAAAAAUAGCAGCAAGAGCAAACAACCCAAGGUGGUGCCGCAAUCCGUAGAUUUGAUAUUUGAUUGCAGUAAAAGCGAGAGAUUACAACAAAUGCAAUACACCUUCGAGUCGCUGCCAAGCGCAGAGCUAUGGAAUCGAGUGUUCUUGCGGCAGGAUGCGGGGGAAGAGCACUAUUACACCUACUAUGGCAGCACGCGAUACAGGAAGCUGCCCUACGAAAUGGGUCCCAUACCCAUGGCCAGAACAUUGCCAGCUCACAGUUGUGCCUUGUGCCGCAGCGAGCAAAAGGAAGGUGAACAAAAGGAGCAGCCCCAGGAGGAUCUGACGAUAAAGCCAGUGGCGAAAAAGGAAAUUAAAAGGGAGGAGGAAGCAGCCCAAUCCUCCCCUUCGUCAUCAAUGUACAAGCACAAGAAGCUGCAUCUGCUUCAACGUUACCAGCAGGAACAGGAGCAACUGCAGCAGCAGCUUGAGGGAACUGCCCUCGUCGCCACAGCCAUAGCCGCCAAAUGUGAUAGCAAGGCCAGCACACCGGAACUCCUUGAAAGGGAGUUUGCCUCGGGAUCUCUUGGUGAUCGAGUACAGCUUAUAGAGCGCGUAAGAAGCACCUCCAGUUCCAGUUGCAGCAAUAGCCAAAGGAGUGGCAUCACUUGCCGCAAUAAGCAGAUAUCAAGGAUUACCGAGUUGCCUCCAAGGAAAUCGCCCCGUGAACAUGCUUCUACCCUGGCAUUGGUCAGUUGCAUCAUCCGCCAACGGCAAGAUUCACAAAGCAAAACUAACUCCGAGGCAGAGGAGCCACCGCCUCCAGUGGUUGCUGCUCCGAAGCUGAAAACCCCGCUGAAACAGGAACCCGUAGUAGCGCCUUCAUCUCCUCGAACGACCCGUUCACAAGCUGCCACACCGGUCGAGGAGCUACGCUUUGCCACCGAGAUAAGUGAGACUGUCAAAAGAAUGAGGCGAGGCCAAAAUAAAUACGAUCAUUCCCCGCCAGCGCCAGCUUCAGCUUCAGCGGUAAAUCCCGUGCCUACAGCAGUUUCUUCGCCCGCUCGGAGUCGUCGGCUGACUCCUGCUGCUACACAAACCCUUGCUCCGAGCUACUCUCGCCGUUUGGAAUUUUCCACCAGUCAACGGGAAUCCUCCUUAGCAGCCAAAGUGUUUUUGGGCAAGGGAAAGGGAAAAAGAAGAGCGGUUAAUCCGCCGGCAGCUGCAACAGUCCGCCCUCCUGCGCCACAACCACCCGGAAUGGGAGGUGUCUUUCGAGGUGUUCGCAAGCUGCCGAGCAAAAAGGGUUUGCUCGAAUACGAUAUGGAACCGUGCGCCAUUAAGGCCUUGGACAAAGCCAUGCAGUAUAGUAAUCCGGGCUUCGCUGCCUGGCAGCUUGACAAAUAUCUGGAACUAGCUGGCAAAGAGUACGAUUUGGAUGUUGAGGAACAGCUGCCACUGCCAGCUCCAGCGGCUGAGGGAAGAAGAGAACAGCAACAGCAAACCAAUUCUCCGCAGACGCCACCACCAUCAGACUGCUGCUUUACCAGCGAGUUUGAUCUUUAUGAUCUGCUCUUGGGCAGCGCUGGAAGUGGCGACGACGAAGAAGAUCUAUCCCGCGGGAACCUACCACCAGGCACAAGUCGACGGAUGAGCAGCCAGAAUUUAUAUGCUACCUAUUACAGAAAGAGGAAAAACCUAAAGUCAAAUCGAACUGGCUGGCCGAAAUCUCAAAGGCGACGCAAUGGAGGAGGAGCAUUAGGUCGAUCCCUGCCAAAUGAGAGAAUUAAUUUCCUCAAAAUGGGCCUGGCGGAGUUCCAUCAAAUAAAGCAAGAGCCAAUGGAAACGGAGGAAGAGCAGACUACAACAACUACUACCACCUCAGCGUCGAGGGAAAAGCUGCUGAGCAAGGAAGAUGAAGACGACGAAGGUGGUGGUGGUGGAAAUACGGGAGGCGGCGGAGCUGGAGAGAAUGAUGGUGGAUCUCCAGCCGGCGAUAAACAGAAUCCCCGCCAAGAUGUAGCAAUGACUCCACCUGCUACCGAUGUGGAUGAUCUGGCUGAACCGCCGGAAGCCGAUGAUAACGAAAGUUUGCCCGAGGAAGACGAAACCAUGGCGGAUUCAAUUGAUCAGCAGCAGGAUGAUGAGGCGGAAAUUGAGGCCACCGAUGCGGAUGUCGAAGAGGAAGAAGAGGAGGACGACGAGGAGGAGGAGGAGGAUGUUUUUGAAGAUGCAUACGAUGAGCCUCAGGUGGGAAUCAAGAAGAAGGAGGAACCGUCACCGGAAAAACGUGCACGAAUACCAUCUAUAUCCGUAUCGACGCCACCUGAAGAGCACUCGACGCCCGGCAAGAAGCUCCUGCUAACCCUGCACAAUGGCCAAAGGCUACAGGCAACCUCAACGCCUAGUACCGGGCAAGUCCAACAGCAGCAGAGAAGAACACCGCAGCUGAAUGGAAGUCUUGGCAGCUGCAUAUCUCCCAGUGAAAAGCUGGGAGACAAUUCGGAUAUCUUUACCGUUUCGUCCGAUGGUUUGGAUACGGAUCUGGAUCUAAGCAACACCCAGGCGGGGGAUUCCCACGAACAGCACUGUCCACACCAAACGACUACGGCGACGCCAAAGAGGAAGUUUGACAUCUCCAAGUAUGCGCCGCCGAAUAAUGGCAAGGCGGCGAGUAGCUGUGCUGCGGAAGCUGCGACAGCUGCUGUCAAAUCCUUGGCCAUUUCGCAGUUCCUCAAGAAGGAGGUGCGUGUCACCUGUCGGCGGCUGAGAGCGCCGUUCCGACGCUUCCGAUACCGCCGCUGAGCACCACCUGUAUCAUCAUCAUCAUCCAGAUCAAGAAACGCAUCAUUCAGCACCAAUCACGUUUAGCUUUUAGUGUGUACAGAGAGACAAUGAGAAAUAUACAUAUGUGUUUCAGUUUUUAGGUAUUUUUAGGCCACAAAUUCCCUCCAAAAAUCAGAAAAAGAAAAGGUUUUUAAAAUUCGAACCCAUUCCUUAUUAAUUUUUGGGUUACAUUUAAUGCAAUUGGAUGAUGAAAUCAACAUUCUACGGGUUUUUGGGUGUUUUAAAGGUUUUUUUUUGUUGAUUAAACACUGCCACAAAUUUUUAUAAUUUAACAUUCUACAAAAAACCUUUUUUUGCAAACAACUAUUUAGAAAUAUUCAAUUGAAAAAAUACUUGAAGCCUAAAAACCUGAAAGUUAUUGCAAAGAUUUUGUUGUCAAUUACAUUAAAUUUGACCAAAAAAUUGAAUUUUAAGGACACAAAUCCCUUCAUCCAUCAACUAAAUGUAGCUAAUUUAAAACCUGCACACAACAACUACACACAAGAAAUACGUACAUAAGCCUUAGUUUAAUCUUAGUUUAGCUCAAAUUCCCUAUGCUCCAAAAACGCUACCCCUUCUAUCAUCAAAACAAUUCGGACUAUUCCAAAAUCUCUCAUUUUCUAGCUAUUAAGUAGUAAAGUUUUCCAUUCAACGUUUUCUGUUUUAAAUGUGGAAAUCACAACACGCUUUCUACUGUUUUUAUUUUCUAGCCAUGUACUAUUAUCAAGUCAACGCUCAAGCAAAGAAAAGAAAGGCAAACAAGUAAACUAUAAUAUGUAACGAAGUUAAAUUAAAAAGUAAAAUAAAUAAAACCAAAAGCAAUGUAAAAAAUAUUAAAACAAAGAGUAAAUUAAAUUAAAUUAAAUAUUCUAUUGAAAAUAAACAAAUAAAAGUCUUGGUUUAUUUUGAAUGCAGUGCAAAAAGGGCUGAAGUAAGGAAUUUUUGAAAGGGUUUUAAGAAAUAGGUUCCACUUUUCUUUAUUUAGAUCUAUUUAUUUACAUAAAAAAAAACAAUUAUUUUGAUGUUUAAAAGCUGAUAUUUACACAUUCUAUUAAAGGGAUUUCAAAAGAGUACAUUGCAAAGUUAUCUAAUUAAAGUAUAGUUCGUCUUUACUUUUUUAAUAACUAUUUUGUUAAAAUUCAAUUUAGAAUUUUCCUGUAACCUUUUGAUUUUAGCCAUUCUCCUAUGCUGUCAGAUCAUUCUCCAUUACUCAUUCCUCCCACCAGACACGGGCUUGAGCCCUGCCAUCAUCCUCAUUUCCC